AUGGCUUCGACAUGUAUCCAGUCUGCCGAGAGCUCGGGCCCUGUGCGCGUACAUUCCGACGUCAAGCCGGUCGUGUCGACCGAAGAGGAGAAGUCGGAAGACAGAGUCCAGUCGGACGUCGACUCGAAUGCUGUGACACAGGAGCCAAGGCACGAUGGCAGUAGUGCUGCACCCGUCUUGCGCCGCUUUGACAAGUACCUCCGCAAAUAUACUCUCUGCUCCGUCCUAGCCUCUGUCAGCGCGUGGUGCUUCGGCUUCGACACAGGAUCCAUCGGACCCAUCACUAUCAUGCCCCAAUUCAUCGACCAUUACGACCUCCACUCGCCAACUAUUCAGGGUCUCGUCGUCUCAUCUAUCCUCAUCACGGCUUCGCUGUCCUCACUCGCUGCUGGACCUCUGGCGGACCGGUUCUCGCGUACCCGCACAGCUGCAUUGGGCGGCGCCGUCUUCUGUGCGGGGUCCAUUCUGGCCGCAGCCGCGUCCAAUCUAGCAAUGCUCUUCGUUGGUCGCUGUAUCGCAGGUGUCGGCGAAGGUCUCUUCCUGUCCUCCGCGAUGGUGUAUCUUCUCGAGAUCGCACCCACCAGUCUCCGCGGCCGCCUCUCGUGCACUCAGCAACUCUUUGUGACCCUUGGUCUCGCGGCAGGAUACUUCGUCUCAUAUGGGACGGUUGACAUCCCGUCUUCCCUCUCAUAUCGCCUUCUGUUUAUCCUACAGGCUUUGGUAUCUGGAACAUACGCUGUCAUCAUGUUGUUCUUACCCCACUCCCCUCGGUGGUUGCAACACGUCGGCCGCACGGAAGAAUCCGCGAAGGCCUGGGAACGUCUGGGCUAUAGCACAGCUGAAGCGGAAAAGGAGCAAGAGGUGGAGCAGCGCGAGAGAAACGAAGAAGAGGCCGCCACGAACGCGCGGCGCCAGGACGGCUCUACGUUUGCCAUGCUUUUCUCCAAGGAGAUCCGCAAGCGGACCGUCCUGGGCGUUUUCCUCAUGGCUAUGCAACAGGCAUGCGGAAUCGACGGUGUACUCUACUAUGCUCCAGUGCUCUUCAAGCAAGCCGGCCUCUCCUCCAACACGGCGUCGUUCCUCGCCUCUGGCGUCUCGGGCUUACUCAAUGUGGUCUUGACCAUCUUCACUCAAAUCUUCACCGACAACUGGGGUCGCAGGGCUUCUAUGAUCAAUGGCGGAGUGGUCAUUGCCGGCUCUAUGCUGACUAUCGGGACCCUCUACGCAAGUGGCGCCACGGAUGAAGCUGCAGGGAGAUGGGCUGUCAUCGUGCUCAUCUACAUUUUCGUCGUGGCGUUCGCCAUGUCCUGGGCCGUCGUCAAUCGCAUCUACUGCUCUGAGAUUCAGCCGAUGGCUACGCGUGCCGCGGCGACGUCGCUCGGGCAAUGCGCUAACUGGGUUGUGAAUUGGAUCAUCGCCUUCUCGACUCCCCUCUUCCUCGCGAAGUCGUCCUCCGGCCCAUACUUCCUCUUCGGCACAUGCGCGGCUCUCACUGUCGUGGUCUGCAUCCUCUUCCAGCCCGAGUCCCGCGGUGUCUCCCUCGAAUCUCUCGACUCGAUCUUCGCUGUGAGCCCAUGGCGCAACAUGCUGUCCAAAGCCAGCGCUCGUGCUCGGCGUCUCGAACCUGCCAUCCCGCUUCGCCCACUCAGCUCGGACGUCGGAGCGUGA